UCAGCCGACCCCCUCCACUGCCUCUUCCUCUCAGGCCCAGCCCCCUGCCCCUACAACCACCCAAUCAGAGGGCCCUGAUGCCAAACCCCCCCUGCCAGCGGACCAACUCCUCCUAGAGGAAGACAAACCCCUUCCCCAAAAAAUUAGGACCCCCACCCCGACAGAGGAGAAACACCCCAUGGAAGAUGAGGACCAACAGUAUGACGAGAGUUGCCCCCCCACCCCCGUAGAGGAGGAGGAGGAGCCCCUCCCUGAGAGUCCUCCAGUAGAUGAGGAGCCCAAUGAGCCGGUGGACCCGUCCGUGAGGGCUAGGGAGAACUGGCUACGAAUCAUCGACAAGGUCCAACAGCAGCUUCGAGAGGCACGAGGAGAGCCGUCCAAUUCCUUGUGGUUUGGUAAAGGAGGGGUAGGAGAGGUUCUGUACAGCAUCGACAGCAUGCCUGACCUACGCAAGAAGAAAGGUCCAACCCUGGUCAGAGACCUCUUACAGGCCAUGUCUAUGGCCUCUCAGAACGCUCGGAAGGCUGGGAUCACCACGGCGAUGGCCUGCAGCACCCUCGGCAAUGAGGACCUGAAGAUUCAUGUGUACAAGAAGACCCUACAGGCUCUGAUCUACCCCAUCUCCUGCACCACACCCCAUAACUUUGAGGUGUGGACAGCCACCACUCCCACCUACUGCUACGAGUGCGAGGGGCUGUUGUGGGGCAUCGCUCGCCAGGGCAUGAGGUGCUCCGAGUGCGGGGUCAAAUGCCACGACAAGUGCCAGGACCUGCUCAAUGCCGACUGCCUGCAGAGGGCAGCGGAGAAGAGUUCUAAGCAUGGGGAGGAGGACAGAACCCAGAACAUCAUCAUGGUUCUAAAGGACAGGAUGAAGAUCAGAGAGAGGAACAAACCGGAAAUCUUCGAGCUCAUCCAGGAAGUGUUUAGCAUCGUCAAGGCGACGCACGCCACGCAGAUGAAGCAGAUCAAACAGAGUGUGCUCGAUGGGACGUCCAAGUGGUCGGCCAUGAUCAGCAUGACUGUGCAGUGUGCCCAGGGCCUCCAGGCCAAGGACAAGACCGGCUCCAGUGACCCGUACGUCACAGUUCAGGUGGGCAAGACCAAGAAGAGGACCAAGACCAUCUACGGUAACCUCAACCCUGUCUGGGAUGAGAACUUCCACUUCGAAUGCCACAACUCGUCGGACCGCAUCAAGGUACGCGUGUGGGACGAAGACGAUGACAUCAAGUCCAGGGUGAAGCAGAAGUUCAAACGGGAGUCAGAUGACUUCCUGGGUCAGACCAUCAUCGAGGUCCGCACACUCAGCGGCGAGAUGGACGUAUGGUACAACCUGGACAAGAGAACAGACAAGUCUGCUGUGUCUGGAGCCAUCCGGAUGCACAUCAGUGUAGAGAUCAAAGGAGAGGAGACUGUGGCUCCCUACCAUGUCCAGUACACCUGUCUACAUGAACACCUGUUUCAGUACACUACAGAGGAGCAGAACAGUGGUGUGGUGAAGAUACCUGAUGCCAAAGGUGACGACGCGUGGAAGGUGUACUUCGAGGAGACUCCUCAGGAGAUCGUGGAUGAGUUCGCCAUGCGUUACGGAGUGGAGUCCAUCUACCAGGCUAUGACCCAUUUUGCAUGUCUGUCGUCUAAGUACAUGUGCCCGGGCGUUCCCGCGGUGAUGAGUACCCUUCUGGCCAACAUCAAUGCCUACUAUGCUCACACCACCCAGUCCACCAAUAACGUUUCAGCAUCAGACCGCUUCGCCGCAUCCAACUUUGGAAAGGACAGGUUUGUGAAACUUCUAGAUCAGCUCCACAACUCCCUGAGGAUUGACCUUUCCAUGUACAGGAAUAACUUCCCAGCUAGUAGCCCUGAGAGGCUGCAGGACCUCAAGUCCACUGUAGACCUACUGACCAGCAUCACCUUCUUCAGAAUGAAGGUCCAGGAGCUGCAGAGCCCCCCCAGGGCCAGUCAGGUGGUGAAGGACUGUGUCAAAGCCUGUCUCAACUCCACCUACGAGUACAUCUUCAACAACUGCCAUGAACUCUACGGCAGAGAAUACCAGACAGACCCUGCUAAGGCUGACGUUCCAGAAGAGCAGGGUCCGAGCAUCAAGAACCUGGAUUUCUGGUCCAAACUCAUCACCCUCAUUGUCUCCAUCAUAGAAGAGGACAAGAACUCCUACACACCCUGUCUCAACCAGUUUCCUCAGGAACUGAACGUGGGUGUCAUCAGUGCUGAGGUCAUGUGGAACAUGUUCGCUCAAGACAUGAGAUAUGCCAUGGAGGAGCAUGAGAAGAACCGUCUGUGUAAGAGUGCUGAUUACAUGAACCUGCACUUCAAGGUUAAGUGGCUCUACAACGAAUACUGCAAAGAGCUGCCCACCUUCCAGAAACGUGUUCCUGAGUACCCAGCGUGGUUUGAGCCGUUUGUCAUCCAGUGGUUGGACGAGAACGAGGAAGUGUCCAGAGACUUCCUGCACGGUGCCCUAGUGAGGGACACAAAGGACGGGUUCCAGGUAACGUCGGAGCAUGCUCUGUUCUCCUGCUCGGUGGUGGACGUGUUCUCCCAGCUCAACCAGAGCUUUGAGAUCAUACGCAAGCUAGAAUGUCCCGACCCCCAGAUCGUAGGCAACUACAUGAAGAGAUUCGCCAAGACCAUCGGCAAUGUUCUGCUGUCCUAUGCUGAGAUCAUUUCCAAAGAGUUCCCCAAACAAUGCGGGAACAAAGAGAAAGAGAAAGUGCCUUGUAUCAUCAUCAAUAACAUCCAGCAGCUGAGAGUGCAGCUGGAGAAGAUGUUUGAGGCCAUGGGAGGCAAAAAUCUUAAUGUGGAGGCCAGUGACUUCCUGAAGGACCUGCAAUUAAAGCUCAACAACGUCAUGGACGACCUUAGUAGGAUAUUUGCCGUCAGUUUCCAGCCCCAUAUUGAGGAGAAUGUGAAGCAGAUGGGCGACAUCCUGGGCCAGGUGAAGGGACAGACUGUUACUGACAACAACAGCGUGGCCGGGGACGCCGACAACGUCCUGCAGCCCAUCAUGGACUUCCUCGACACCAACCUGUCGCUGUUUGCUAAAAUCUGUGAGAAGACCGUACUGAAGAGAGUGCUGAAGGAACUGUGGAAACUGGUCAUUAACACUAUGGAGAAAAGCAUUGUGCUUCCACCAUUCACAGACCAGUCAGCAAUAGGCACUCAGAUGAUCUUUAAUGCAGCUAAGGAGUUGGGCCAGCUCUCCAAGCUCAAGGAGCACAUGGUGCGAGAGGAGGCCAAGGCUCUCACUCCUAAACAGUGUGCCGUCAUAGAGCUCGCAUUGGACACCAUUAAGCAAUACUUCCAUGCGGGCGGUGUGGGUCUGAAGAAGACAUUCCUGGAGAAGAGUCCGGACCUGAAGUCUCUGCACUACGCCCUGUCCCUUUACACACAACACACUGACAAGCUCAUCAGGAAGUUUGUCCUCUCCCAAAACGCUCAGGUCCAUGGAGGGAAGGGGGUCAGGUAUACCCUCAACGAAGACACAUUACCAGAGAAGGGGUCGGGAGUGGAGGAGCCGAUCGGAGAGGUGGUCAUGCAUGUGGAGAUCUUCACCCACCCCAACACUGGAGAACACAAGAUCACUGUGAGAGUGGUGGCUGCUAAUGACAUUAAGUGGCAGACCCAGGGGAUCUUCCGUCCCUUCGUGGAGGUCUACAUCAUCGGUCCCCACCUCAGUGACAAGAAGAGGAAGCACGCCACCAAGUCCAAGAACAACAGCUGGUCGCCCAAGUUCAACGAGACCUUUCAGUAUUCCCUGGGCAGUGAGUUGGGUCCUGAGGGCUAUGAGCUGCAGGUGUGUGUGAAGGACUACUGCUUCGCCAGGGAGGACCGUACGGUGGGCAUGGCCCUGAUGCAGUUGAAGGACAUGGCCUCUAGGGGCAGCGUGACAUGCUGGCUCCCCCUGGGGAAGAGGGUCCACAUGGAUGAGACGGGCCUGACAGUACUGAGGAUCCUAUCUCAACGCAACAACGAUGAGGUGGCCAAAGAGUUCGUCAAGCUUAAGUCAGACCAGCGCUCUGCCGAGGAGGGACAGGGGAGCUGAGAGAGAGCAGAGAUCUAGAGAUACUGACGCACAUAUGCACACACACACACAGU